GCCAGCCAUCCUACUGUCACACACACACACACACACAGACAAGUGGUUUCCAAAGCCAAGUGUGUGUACUAGCAACCAGCUAGCUCGGGCGGCAGCAGGCAGCCAUCAUGUCGGAGGAGAAGCACCACCACUUCUUCAACCACCACAAGAAGGACGAGGAGCAGCCCGCCGGCGAGUACGGGUACUCCGAGACCGAGGUGGUCACCGCCACCGGCGAGGGCGAGUACGAGAGGUACAAGAAGGAGGAGAAGGAGCACAAGCACAAGCAGCACCUCGGCGAGGCCGGCGCCAUCGCCGCCGGCGCCUUCGCACUCUACGAGAAGCACGAGGCGAAGAAGGACCCCGAGCACGCGCACAGGCACAAGAUCACGGAGGAGGUCGCUGCCGCGGCGGCCGUCGGCGCCGGCGGCUACGUAUUCCACGAGCACCACGAGAAGAAGAAGGACCACAAGGACGCCGAGGAGGCCAGCGGCGAGAAGAAGCACCACCACCUCUUCGGCUGACCGUAGUACCGGCCGGCGCGCGACCGAGCUAGCUAGCUCCGGCGCACACAACCACACACCUGUUUAAUUCUGUACUGCAUGCGUGUGUAAUUUGAUGGUUCACAAUAAUGAGUCCCUCUCCGGACCUUGGUAGCUGCUUGCUUGUGGUGAGUGAGAGUGUGAGACUGAGGGAGAAGAGGUGGUGGGCGUGGGGCUACGUCGAGAGAGGCGUGUUCCUGUAAUCCUGUACUCGCUUCGUUUUCUCUGCAUGCGUCUAUAAUUGUGUUCAAUAAUAAGUGAGAGCGGUGUGAUGUGUGGCUCCCCUUGUCA